UGCACCACAGCCGCCCCACGGCACCCUACGCUGGGCGAUAGGAGGGACCACAAUACCCAACCGACCCCGGGAUCUAAUGUAUUGUACGCAUGCGCAUUCUGAAGAUCCAGCUCUCGCCUGCCACUUGCUGGUUAACGCGAAGAACUACACGCCUUAUAGGCAAGAACUCUCACACCUAUGGUGCGCAAAUGUAGAACUACAAUUUCCGGAGGCCUCCGCGCCAAUGAGCACGGCGCUCCAAGGGAUACUACAUUUCCCAGAAGUCUGCAUUCCGCCACUGCGGAAACUAUGGGCUGCGUUAGAGCUGGCGCGGGGACGGCGUGACCCACGGCUGGACAUGGCACCUUUGACCGGCUCCUUGGGUUGUCUGUUGAGACCCGUCAGUAGGUCGGCAGCGCUUCUGGGUGGCAGGUGGCUGCAACCCUGGGGCCGGAUGGGACUCCCUGAUCCCCGGGAUCUCCCCGUCGUACAGCAGAACCGGGGCAAAGCGCGCGGGAACGAGUAUCAGCCGAGCAACAUCAAACGCAAACACAAGCAUGGCUGGAUCCGGCGUUUGAGCACGCCGGCAGGUGUUCAGGUGAUCCUUCGCCGCAUGCUGAAGGGCCGAAAGUCGCUGAGCCACUGAGGAACGCCAGGCCGCCGUCAGGAUGCCCGUUAGAACAUUUCCCUCGCUUCAGACUUAACUGCUGCUGUUUUGUGUGUGUUGGGGAGGGAUAGAGGAGGGAAGCCCUGUGGAGCAGGACUACUCAGACAAAAGUGUUACUCAAAUUUGGGGGCUAGCCUAGGGGGAGAAAUCUGGAGUUGGACUGGAAGGGGGAGUGCAAAGACAGAUUUUGCUAGUUCCCUUUUUAGGAAGAAACUCGUGCAUACGCAACAAUCCACAGACUAGCACAAUGAAUUCCUGUGUAUCAGUGCACAGUUCUGAUCUCCAGUUACCCUCAACUCCUGCCACCUGUGUUAUUUUGAAGCAAAUCUCAGACACGGUGUUAUUUAGAAUGUAUUAUCCAAGAUAAAGACUUUUAGAAAUAGAACCACAAAACUUUUCACCGCCCCCCCAUAAAUUUUCUAAUACCUUUAAAUAUCUAAUAAAUGUCCUUAUUUCCACUUGUCAUAUAUGUCAUAACUUCCAUAGGCCUGGGAAAGCUUGCAGAGAUGAGGGAGGGUUUGAAUUUUCACUUUCCCUUUGGGGAUGGACUGUGUGAACUAGAGUAAGGCCUUAGCUAUCUGAGACUCAGGCUACUAUGAAAUGUGAUGCUUAUUUCUCCAAUGCUUUGUUGUCUC